AUGGAGUCUAGUAUGAGUUUGGAGGAGAUGUAUGCACGGUUAGCAAUGGAGGAAGAGGAAGGAGGAGGGGAGGUUGAAGGGGUGACGGAGAAUGCACCGCAACAACCAACGUUUGUUUUGAUUGGAAGGUUUCUGACUGAGAAGAAUAUAAAUUUCCAGGCCAUGCAAAAUGUUUUGGCAUCUAUUUGGCGACCAAGGGAGGGUAUGGAUAUUCAUGACUUGGGUGGCUCAAGGUAUUCAUUCAUCUUUUAUCAUGUUCUUGAUUUACAAAAGGUGACUGAGGGAGGGCCAUGGACUUUCGAACAAAGUCUGUUGCUACAUCAUAAAUUGGAAGCAAAUGAAGAUGCACAUACGGUUCAACUGAAUGAAAUGGAGAUAUGGGUUCAGAUUUAUGAUCUACCUGUAGGUAUGGUGUCAGGAAAGUUAUUAGAGAGUGUAGGUAACUAUGUUGGUACUUUUGUCAAAGCUGAUCCUCAGAACACCCAGGGGGGAGGGAAAAUGUUUUAUCGUAUCCGGGUUGUAAUGGAUGUAAACAGGCCGAUAAAAAGGAGGAUGAAACUUAAGAGGGAAGGCGGUGCAUGGUCAUGGAUAAACUUUAAGUAUGAACGACUGAGUACCUUUUGUUUUGUGUGUGGUUUGAUGGGGCACUCCGAUCGGGAUUGUGGUAUUGUCUAUGCAAAUCCUGAUAAAACCAUUGAGAGAUCAUAUGGAACGUGGUUACGAGCUCCUGUUAGGGGUGGGAAAAAUCAGAACAUUGGUGCCCGGUGGAUACGUAACGGGGGUGAAGGAGGUCAGAGUUGGCAGUCGAAUUCCGGUGCCGAUCAGGCGAAAAAUAUGGGAGCGAGAUUCAUGGAGGUAGAUGGGCGCAUUACCGAAAUUUCAGGAGAGAUAGGUGUAAUACAGUUUAAUCAGGGCAAUCCAAAUCUGGGUGCUAAAAUCACGGGAGAUACGGAGAUGAGCGGGAAAGUAAUUGAACAUGAAACAACUGUCACGGAUUCAAAACGUAAGAGGGGGAAUGAGGAUACUAAUGUAGACUCAAGUGGGGUAGUUAAUGGGGAAUCAAAAGGGCUGGAUAUGUCAAAUAUUGGGCCAAAAAACUUGCUAGAGGCGGGACCUGUUGUGCAGGCCCGCCUACAACAAUGA